AUCGGUUUCUGCGUGAUAUGGAACGCUCUCUUCUUGAUAAUAUUAAGUGAGUGUCUGGGUCUUGCUGCCCAAUAAAUGGAUAGUAAAAUACUAUUACUUGUUUCAAUAUACAACAGUGGCGACGAGAAAUCAUUACGAACCACGCUGCAACGGAAUUCAAUGAAGGAUUUUGGCAAGAAGAGCAGAAAUCACCAAAAGUAAGAAAUUAAUUACUACAAUUUACCAAAAAGCAAACAUUGGAAGGUAUUUGUAAAACAUUCCGCAAGGAUAACAAAAAUAAAUACCCGUUCAUUUUGCGUGCCCGUUCAACUUAAAACGGAAUGUAAAAAAAAAAAAAAAAAAGACAUUUGUCCAUGGUACAAACAAACCAGAAAUGUCAGAUUAUGAUUCGGCAAGCGAAGAAAUAGAAUUAUUACAUGAAAAAUCGGGGAAAAUCGCUAUACUAAUAGAAGCAGUGCGCGCGGGGAAACGAAAAUACAUAUACAAAUGCAAAAAGUCCGUGUUAAAGCAAAUUUGUGAAGCAGAAGAUAUAAAAUUUUCGGAAUCAGAUACCGUUGAAAACUUGAGGAAAAUACUUAGCACAUACUAUCAAGCUCAAGAACAAUCGUUAGCAGUACAUCAAAACAAAACAAUGGCGUCAAAUUACGACAUUAAGGUGUUUGACGGGGACAACUGGGAGACGUUUCAACAACAACUCGAGUGUGUUAUUGUUUUCAAUGAUGUGCCGGCGGCAAAGAUGGUUCCAUUGCUAAUUACAAAGUUAUCACCAAAAGUUUUUGAGUCAUUAACUUACUCGUGCGCGCCGGAAAAACCAAUUACAUUAACCUAUUCUGCACUAUGUGAAAAACUAAAACAAAAAUACGAAAAAACACAUUCACCAUUGAUGGACAGAGCCGAAUUUAGAGGAAGGAAUCAAUUACCUACAGAGACAAUUGAUGACUACUUAUUAACAUUACGAAAAUUAGUGAAAGGUUGUCAAUUCAAAGAUGAGGAAGACCAAAUUAAGGAGAAAUUUAUAGAAGGAGUAUACUCAAAGAUGAUAAAAUUUGAAUUAUUAAAGCAAGGGGAACAAUUAAAAUUAGACUCAUUAAUACAAUUGGCAAGAACAGUGGAGUCAGCAUACAAGCAUGCAAAUGGAGAAAAGGACAUAAGUACAGUUUCAUAUAUGAAGCCUAGGAGGAACACUCCGAAAUUGAAGACCGGACACCAAAAAGACCGGAACUCACAGCCAACUAAUAAGAACAAAUGUUAUUGUUGCGGAAAAGACAAUCACAUCAAGAAAGAUUGUACGUUAAGGAACAAAUACUGCUCUGAAUGUGGUCAAAGGGGACAUAUUUAUAAAAUGUGUCAGCAAAAAAAUAAUACAAAUAUUCUGGACGUAAAGUGUGAGGAGGAAGAUGGUGAGCAGGCCCUAGAUGCCGUAAAGGACCUAUACACAGAGUAUGAAACAUUCUCCAUGCACAGUCACAACGAUUAAUAAAAGAGAGGUUCGCAGCAGUAUUCACCCCGGGAUGGGGGAAGUUUAAUGGAGAAGCCAUAUCUUUGAAGCUGAAACCAGAGGCUAAACCAAAAUGUCUACCGGUCCGUCGUGUCCCAUAUGCUUUACGCGAUAAGGUAAAACAAGAAAUUAUACGUUUACAAGAAAAUGGAAGAAUAACACCGACGGAACAAACCCAGUGGGGUACACCUGUGGUCCCAAUCUUAAAGCCCGAUGGCUCAGUGCGAUUGUGUGGGGACUAUAAAGUAACCUUAAACCCUCAUUUAGAAAUUGAUCACUAUCCAUUGCCACAUAUUGAGGAUAUAUUUGAAACAUUAAAAGAUGGUGAAUACUACUGCGAGCUAGAUCUAAAAGAGGCCUAUUUACAGGCAUUAUUGACUGAAGAAAGUCAAGAUUAUACUACUAUAGUGACCGAAUUCGGAACAUAUAAAUAUAAGUACUUGCCUUACGGGGUAAAUACGGGACCAGGCUCCUUCCAGCGGUUAAUGAGUAACCAAUUAAAAGAUAUUCAAAACACAGUGGUGUUUAUUGACAAUAUUUACAUGGCAGGGAGAAAUUUGCAGGACUUGUAUGAUACAGUGGUGCAAGUAUUAACAAAACUAGAACUAUGUGAUUUUAAACUAAAAAUAGAAAAGUGUAAGUUGUUCACAAAAUACAUUGAUGUGUUUGGUUUCCGCAUUAAUAAGUAUGGUAUGAGUGUAAUUAAAUCUAAUUUGAAACCAUUGCUGAAUGCCCCAGCACCAACAAAUUUGACUAUGUUAAAGUCCUUUUUGGGGAAAGUGAAUUACUAUUCACGUUUCUUAAACAAUAUGGCCACAGCUUUGACACCCCUAUAUGAAUGUACAAAAAGAGGAAAAUUUAAGUGGACAAAAGAAUGUCAAUUUGCAUUUGAACUGAUAAAAAACAAAUUAGCAAAUACUGAAAACUUAAAACAUUUUAAUCCUGAGCAACCAAUAAUUAUAACUUGUGAUGCAUCACAAAGUGGAUUAGCAGCAAUAUUAUCAAACCGAGAUGAAAAAGGGGUAAUAAAACCAGUAGCUUAUGCAAGUAAAAAACUAAAUAGUACGGAAAUCAAAUAUGCUGCAAUUGAUAAGGAAGCUAUGGCUAUAGUGUUUGGAAUAACAAAGUUUUACAACUACAUUUAUGGGCGAUCAUUUGAGUUGGAGACUGAUAGCUCAGCUUUGGUUAGAAUAUUUGGUCCAACUAAAGGUAUUCCAAAAAUGGCAGCUAAAAGAUUGCAACAUUAUGCUAUAUUUUUGUCAGCAUUCAAAUACAAAAUUAGGCAUAUUAAAACAAGCAUAAAUCCAGCAGAUUUCCUUUCCCGAACGCCAGAGUUACUACAAGAGGAUGGCUUAAUGUUGCACUCUUUAUGCUUAAACGGUAAUGUGACAAAUGUAAUUCAAAUACAUAAUUCUAAAAUAGAUCAUUUAAACUGGAAAAUAAUCCAAAAUAAAACUAAAGUUGACGAAACUUUAUCAAAAGUACUUCGUUAUUGUAUGGAUGGUUGGCCAGAAAAGAGCUUAAUAACACCUGAUUUACUGCCAUACUAUAACAGGAAAAUUGAAAUUAACAUAGACAGAGGUUGUUUAUUUUGGGGGCACAGAAUUAUAAUUCCUGGACCAAUCAGGCAGGCUGUGAUGCAGAGUUUACAUGAGUCACACUUUGGAAUUGUUCGUAUGAAAGAAUUGGCUCGAUCAUAUUUUUGGUGGCCAAAUUUAGAUUCACAGAUAGAAAAUGUAACUAAAUCAUGCCUAAUAUGUUUGACAAAUUUUAAAAAUCCGCCUAAGGUAGAAAAACCAUGGCCAGUACCGCCAUCUCCUUGGUAUAGACUGCAUGCAGAUUUCUUAGGUCCAUUUUACAAAAAGAUGUAUUUAGUUGUUGUAGAUAGUUACACUAAAUGGCCCGAAGUAUUUGAAAUGGGAAACAUGACCGCAACAAAAACUAUUGACAUACUUGAAACUUUAUUUUCUAGAUAUGGAUAUCCAGUACAUUUAGUAACGGAUAAUCAAACAACAUUUGCAGGUUUAGAGUUUGCGACGUAUUGUGAAAAAAAUAACAUAAAACAUACAUUUACCCCACCAUAUCACCCAGCAACAAAUGGUGCCGCGGAAAGAUUUGUAGAAACUUUUAAAACAACAGUUACAAAAAUAAAGGAAACUGGAACUGCAGUAGGUACAGCAAUACAGUUAUUUUUGUUCGAUUACCGUAGCACACCACAAAGAACAACAGGAAUUUCACCAGCUCGUUUGAUGCUGGGGAGGGAGUUGAGAAACAGAUUUAGUAUCCUUAGACCGCCGCCUCUAGUAGAUAGUUUGAUAGAUAAACAAACACAAAAAGGGGAAGGGAGGAGAGACGGAUAUUUUAUAGUUGGACAAAAGGUCAUGGUUCGGGAUUAUAGAAAAGGAUGUAAACCUUGGAUUUUGGGAAUUAUUAUAGCCGAAUCUGUUCCUGGUUUAACUUAUAAAGUAGACGUUCUAGGAAUGACUUGGAAACGACAUGUAAAUCAAAUGUUAUCUUGUAAUGAAUCCAUUGAAGAAUCGACAACUUAGUAUAGAUAUCGCAGGACUUAAAUGUGUUUGAAUAAACGACGCCAAGAUAUCUGUACCAGGUCACAGUCAAGGAUUCGACUGGUAGUUUAAUUCUUGUUUAACUUUAUUUUAUUAGUUGUACCUAAUAUAGUUGUUACUAUUAUUGUUGUGUAACACUUAAUAUCUAAUAUAGUUAAGGUAGUCAGUAAGUGACAGUCUAGGCUGUGUUUAUACGAGGUUAGGUUAGAAUAAGUUGGGGAGAAUGUUGCAUAUCGGUUUCUGCGUGAUAUGGAACGCUCUCUUCUUGAUAAUAUUAAGUGAGUGUCUGGGUCUUGCUGCCCAAUAAAUGGAUAGUAAAAUACUA